AUGACGGUCAAGGACGGAUCUCGCUUUGACUUCAUUGUGGUCGGUGGGGGAACUGCAGGUAACUUGGUUGCCGGUAGACUUGCAGAAAAUCCCAACGUCAAAAUUUUGGUUAUUGAGGCCGGCGUGGGAAAUUCUCACGAAAUCGAGGAGAUCAGGACCCCCGCAGAGGCCAUGGAGCUCCGCAACAGCAAGUAUGACUGGGCCUACAAGACCACAAUGGUCAAGCGUGACGACUACGAGCGUGUGGAGAAGCCCAACACUCGCGGUAAAGCCCUUGGCGGUAGCUCAUCCUUGAACUAUUUCACAUGGGCCCCUGGAUCCAAAGGCACCUAUGACCUGUGGGAAGAGUAUGGAGGGAAGGAGUGGACGUGGGAUCACCUUGUUCAUUACCUGCGAAAAUGUGCUACCUACCAUGAUGACGACAACGUGUACCCCGAAAUUCUCAAAAAGAUUGGAACGGAUGGCCCUAUCCCCAUUUCUCAUUCGCGCUUGAUCCCUGAGAUGAAGCCUUUCCGCGAACUUCUCAUUAAGGCUUGGGAGUCCACCGGUCAUCCUAUCACGGAAGAUAUCUUUGAUGGUACGAUGAGAGGCCUAACACACAGUGUCAACACAAUUUAUAAAGGCCAACGCUCGGGGAGUUUUCUCUGUGUGAUCGACAAACCAAAUGUCACUAUUCUACCAGAAGUCCAUUCCAAGCAACUUAUCAUCGAUACGGCGGAUCGCGUCUGUAAGGGCGUAACGGUUAUCACUGAUUCCGGAAAGGAGCUAAAUCUGUUUGCUAUGCGUGAAGUUAUUGUAUCCGAAGGCGUAUUUGAGACUCCUAAGCUUUUGAUGCUGAGCGGUAUUGGUCCAGCAAAGGAGUUGGCAAAACAUAACAUCGAUACAAUCGUCAACUCCCCCCAUGUUGGCCAACAUCUGCUUGACCAUCCCGGCGUGCCCUUUGUCCUUCGUGUCAAAGACGGGUAUGGAAUGGAUGACCACGUUUUGCGAAAGGGCGCUAAGCAUGAUCAAGCCAUGAAGAGCUAUAGCAAGGAUCAUGGUGGACCGAUGGGAUCGGGUUUCUUGGAGAUGGUUGGAUUCCCUCGCAUUGAUGAUUACCUCGAGAGAAGUCCGGAAUAUCGAGAGGCUAAGGCUUCAAACGGUGGAGUCGACCCCUUCUGCCCUUAUAAUCAACCUCAUUUCGAGCUCGACUUCGUCUGUCUAUUUGGCAGUGCCUUCCAGUGGCACUACCCUACUCCCAGCAAGGGUGACCACAUCACCGUGAUGGUUGAUCUUGUCCGCCCGGUGUCCGAUCCUGGUGAGGUUACACUGAAUAGCGCCGAUCCUCUCCAGCAAGCCAACAUCAACUUGAAUUAUUUUAAUAAUGAUCUUGAUAUCAUUGCAAUCCGCGAGGGGAUCAGAUACAGCUAUGAUAUUCUGAAGAAUGGUGAAGGUUUUAAGGAUAUCAUUGUUGAUGAGUACCCUUGGGAAAUGCCGUUACAUUCGGAUGAUCUGAUGAAGCGAACGGUGUUAGAUCGCUCCCAGACUUCAUUCCAUCCCUGUGGCACUGCCCGUUUGGCCAAGAGCAUUGAGCAAGGGGUCGUAGACCCUGCGCUCAGUGUUUUUGGAAUCAAGAACCUACGGGUCAUUGAUGCAUCUGUGAUUCCCGUCAUUCCUGAUUGUCGAAUUCAAAAUUCCGUUUACAUGGUUGCUGAAAAGGGCGCGGAUAUGAUCAAGCAAACUCAUCGGGAUAUAUUCGUCCAUUGA